AUGCUGAAUUUAGUCAAAUCCAAUACGACUUUUAACAUAAUCCAGUUCAUUAGAAAGAUUCAAACAACUUUUGCAGUGUGGGGAUUUUGCCAUUUUACAUCAUCAUCGGACUGGAAUCCUAAAUCCCCAGUCUUUCAUUCAAGUUCGGUAAAGGGGGUUCCUCGAAAAAAUGUGGGUGUCUUUUGGGAUUUGGAUAACAAGCCACCAAAAUCAUUUCCUCCAUAUGAUGCUGCCAUUAGGUUAAAGAAGGCCACAGAAGAAUUUGGGUCCGUUAAAUACAUGAUAGCUUAUGCCAAUCAUCAUGCUUUUCGAUAUGUCCCCCCUACAGUUAGGGCACAGAGGGGGGAGAGUAAAGCACUGAAUGGGCUGGAAAAUAUGGGUAUUGUCAAGCCAGAUGAACCAUAUACAUGUCGAGUUUGUGGGAGAAGAUUUUAUAAUAAUGAGAAGUUUAUUAAUCAUUUCAAGCAAAUUCAUGAACGUGAGCAGAUGAAAAGGGUAAAUCAGAUCGAGUCUGCACGAGGGAAGAGGAGGGUAAACUUGGUGGCAAAGAAUGCCAUGAAGAUGGAGAAGUAUAGAAAUGCUGCUAGGGAUAUUUUGACUCCAAAAGUGGGGUAUGGGUUGAUGGAUGAAUUGAAACGGGCUGGGGUUUGGGUUGGGAAGGUUUCUGACAAGCCACAGGCAGCCGACUCUGCAUUGAGAAAUCAUAUGGUGGAUAUUAUGGACAGAAGAAUGGUUGAGUGUAUUGUUCUGGUGUCGGAUGAUUCAGAUUUUGUAGAGAUUUUGAAGGAAGCGAGAUUAAGGUGUUUGAAGACAGUGGUUGUGGGUGAUAGCAAUGAUGGGGCUCUCAAAAGGACUGCUGAUGCUGCAUUUUCAUGGCAGGAGAUCAUGAUGGGGAAGGCUAAGAAAGAGGCUGUAUCAGUUUUGGGGCGGUGGAAGGACCGUGAUAUUUUGAAAAGAUUGGAAUGGAGUUUUGAUCCAGAAACAGAGGGAGAUUUGUUUCGUCCUGAAGUUUUGAGUGAGGACUCUGAUUUUGAAUGUUUUCUUCCUGGAGAAAGCGAUGCUUCUGUAUCAAAGAGAAGUAAUGGUGCUUGGUGGGAACUGGAGUCCAGUAAUGAAGAUGCAGAAAAGCCUUGA